CCAGCUACAGAGGGGUAGGGUUCGGCUCUUGUGCAUUCGCUGUUGGUUCCCCUUGAGUACCUUUACCUCCCAUUCACCUGAUUCUUCCGUCUUUUUCAAGUCCUGACUCAUCAGUUUCAUAGUUUUAUCUUCCUCGCUCUUUUACUCUUUCUUUUCUUCGCAGCUCAGCAUGCAGGAAAAAGAAGCCUCCCCACACGGAUUCCUGCCUAGGUUCCAGCAUUUCGCUACGCAGGCCAUCCACGUGGGCCAAGAACCGGAGCAAUGGACCUCCCAAGCUGUAGUGCCCCCCAUCUCGCUGUCCACCACGUUCAAGCAAGGGGCUCCUGGCCAGCACUCGGGUUUUGAGUAUAGCCGUUCUGGAAAUCCCACCCGGAAUUGCUUGGAAAAAGCAGUGGCGGCGCUGGAUGGGGCUAAGUACAGUUUGGCCUUUGCUUCAGGUUUAGCAGCCACUGUGACCAUUACCCAUCUCUUAAAAGCAGGAGACCAAAUUAUUUGUAUGGAUGAUGUGUAUGGAGGUACAAACAGGUACUUCAGGCAGGUGGCAACUGAAUUUGGAUUAAAGAUUUCUUUUGUUGAUUGUUCCAAAACCAAAUUGCUAGAGGCAGCUAUUACACCAGAAACCAAGCUUGUUUGGAUUGAAACCCCCACAAAUCCUAGCUUGAAGAUGAUUGACAUUGAAGCCUGCGCACAUACGGUCCAUAAACAUGGAGACAUCAUUUUGGUUGUGGAUAACACUUUUAUGUCAGCAUAUUUCCAGCGGCCUUUGUCUCUGGGAGCUGAUAUUUGUAUGUAUUCAGCAACAAAAUACAUGAAUGGUCACAGUGAUGUUGUAAUGGGCUUAGUGUCACUGAAUUCUGAGAGCCUUCAUGAUAGGCUCCGUUUCUUGCAAAAUUCUCUUGGAGCAGUUCCAUCUCCUAUUGACUGUUACCUCUGCAAUCGGGGUCUGAAGACUUUACAAGUCCGCAUGGAGAAGCAUUUCGAAAACGGAAUGGCAGUUGCUCAGUUUUUGGAGUCGAAUCCUCAGGUGGAAAAGGUUAUUUAUCCUGGGCUGCCUUCUCAUCCUCAGCAUGAGCUGGCCAAGCGUCAGUGCGCAGGCUGCCCGGGGAUGAUCACCUUUUAUAUCAAGGGCUCUCUUCAACAUGCUGAAACUUUCCUCAAGAACUUAAAGUUAUUUACUCUGGCUGAGAGCUUGGGAGGAUACGAAAGUCUUGCUGAGCUUCCGGCAAUCAUGACCCAUGCAUCAGUGCCUAAGAGCGACAGAGAAGUCCUUGGAAUUAGUGACACACUUAUUCGACUCUCAGUGGGCUUAGAGGAUAAACAAGACCUACUGGAUGAUCUAGAUCAAGCUUUGAAGGCAGCUCACCCUCCAAAUGCAAGUUCCAACUAGCAUCCCGGAAUUGCUGUUGGUGACUGCUUCCUGAGACGAUCAAAUCUGAAUAAUUGAAUGGACUGUUAAUGAGCCUCCACAGAAUUUUCAAAUGAAAAUUUUAAGGCACCUCGUUACCUUUCACAGCUGUAAUCUUCCUGGGAUCAUCCCUGUUAAAAAAUGUCCUCUUUCCCUUAUUGGAACUGACAGGUCAAUUCUGUUCAGAUCUUUUUAUUAAUUUUGAUAUACAUGUGCCUCUGAAGGAGGUGAGAUUUGUGAUGCUAUUGGGGAUUGUAUUCUUUUUUUCAAGUUUAAGAUUUAUAUUGAUUAUGUUUACAAUGUAAUGGUAAUUCAUUUUUGAUGUUUUCUGAGGAAUUUAAAUUAUUGAAUAAAUGUUCUUAAGUUAAGUGUGAUUUUUGUAUUGUUGAAGAUAGCACUCAAAGCAAUGGUUUACACUUAAUUAUCAUAAGCCAAAAAUCAAAUAUCUGAAAAGUCUGUGAAAUUCUACUGAUUUAAGGUUGUACUUACUAUUUUUUUAAGAAUAAAUCUAAUUACCACAUGCA